CGGGAUUGUCGGUCUCGGCCUCGCGAUUAUGAUAAAUUGAACGUGAGAGGACAUGAUGUCCCCAAUGGAGAAUGUUUGUACCAACCAAUAAGCUUAUUGUGAUCAAAUAUUCGGUUGAGUCUGCUUACAAAUUCCUCAACAUUGGCAAUCACGUCAAAUGCCGUGCUAAAAUCCUUAUUUUCCUACAGCAGAGCAUGACAGGGGGUCUCCGUAAAGCUUAUUAAACGAAGUUUAAUUUCAGGACAUCGUCUUGUUGAGAUCUGUUCCACCAUCACUCAACGCUAUGUCGAACCUCGCCGCUGUUAUUCCCGCGGCCAAGACACCGCUGGUCGUCAAAGAUGUCGAAAUUCAUACUCCAGGGCCUCAUGAGCUUGUCAUCAAAAACGAAGUGAUAGCACUAAACCCUGUGGAGUACAGAGUAGCAAAACAUGCCAUAUUUCCGCUUCAAUACCCAGCAGUUAUUGGUACAGCAUUUGGUGGAACGGUUCACUCUGUGGGAUCUGAAGUUACCCUCUUCAAAGUUGGUGACAAGGUAGCAGCUUGGAAAGGAUUCAAGUUCGUUGGGAACCAGUACGGGAGUCUUCAGCAAUAUGUAGUUGCUGGUGAGAGAUUCACGAGCAAAGUUGCGCCGAAUGUGAAUGUCGAAAUCGCAGCGAGCCUAACAGGUACCUUACCUACUGUCGCUGGCCUAUUGACCGGUCGUGCUGGAAUUCAAAGACCCCACACGAACGGUUCAGCAGCUGUAAAAAGCAAGAAAGUUUUGAUUUAUGGUGGAUCGUCCAGCAUUGGAUCCCUUGCUGUUCAAUAUGUUGCUCAAGCUGGCUACACUGUCGUCACCACUUCCUCUCCGAAAAACAACGCCUUUGUUUCGAGGCUUGGAGCUGCCAAAGUUGUUGAUCAUAGCCAGCCCAAAGACGACGUCAUCAAAGCCCUUGUCGCUGAAGGUCCUUAUGACUUGGUGGUUGACAGUAUCGCCACUCCGCAAGCAACAGCUGUUUCGGGACCUGUAUUAGCAGCACAGGGUGGAGGAAAACUGUACGCCACAGUCCCCGCCAUUGGUCCAGAGACCCUUCCUAGCGGUGUGACUCGAGUUUUCCAGUCCUGGCCUGCCGCACUGUAUGAUGAGGAGAAUGCGGGGCUGGUGGAAUGGGCUUUUCAUGAAUUCCUCGCGAAAGGUGUUGCGAGUGGAACGCUCAUUCCGCUUCCGAGUCAGAGGGUGGAUGGUGGUUUGAGGAAUAUAAAUACUGCUCUGGAUCUGUUAGAGAAGGGAGUCAGCGGUGUCAAGCUUAUUCUAGAUCCUUGGGAAUGAAUCUAUUAAAAGGGUAGUAGGUAAUACAAAGCAAAGAUCAAUA